UUCUAAUUCUGGGUUGCCGUGAAUUGAGUGCUGCUGUUCAUAGAUAAGGUCAAGGGAUGGCCUUAAGGUGCUCAGGUAGUGACUGGAAGAGGCUGUUUCAAAUUAGUCUUGAUCCACUCUGCAGGUUGCUAUGGCUCCCUACACGGCUCAGGUUUCCCCCCACUCCUGUGCUCUCCUGCUCUGAUUUCUAUCAGAUUACCCAUUCAUUUAUAACAUUUGCCACUACUUCAGAUACCUUAUAUGUUUACAUGGUUUUGGUUUUCUCUGCUAGAAUAUAAAGUAAUAAUGAUUAAAAAAUCGGAAGAACCAACAUCUUUUUGUUCUUGAGGUGAAUUUUUUGGCUCAUAAAUUUCCCUCAAGUACCUGGAACAGUGCCUGGCAUGUGGUACUUAAUAAGUAUUUGCUGAAAGAAUGAAUAAUAAGUAAAUAACAUUUUGAAAUUUCUGUCAUUCAAAUUGUGACUUGUGGUGGCUUUGUUUUAAUAAAUGACAUUGGGAGCUAUUUAUAAAUCAUAAAUUAGACAUAGUUUUAUCACAGUUUGGUGCUUGUGUGUAGAAGGAGACAGAACCCUGGAGAUGUAGUUGAGGCCUCUUGAGUGAAAGGAGAGAGGAAACUUGGAUUGGAACAGUGUCACAGACAACCCCUGGUACAUAAUGCCAGAGGUAGACCCUAUAGGUUGGGGAAGAUUUGGGGACUAUAAUGAAUGGGCAGUAAUAAUUAGUGAAUUUUUUUAAUAAAUUGCUUUCAUUACUCUAGGUUUCCUGAGUGCUUGGUUUAAACCAAAAAAUAUGCACAUACUUUGCCUGGUGUGUUUGUUUGGGCUUGCCAGUAUAGAAAAGCCUUAUAGAGGAAACAGAAGAAUGAUCCUUUCAGCAGCAUAUAUGCUUACAUUGGAACAAUGCAGAGAAGAUAAGCAUGGCCUGUAUGCAAGGAUGACGCGGAAAUUUGUGAAGCGUUCCAUAUUUUUAUUUAUUGGAAAAUCAGGUUUGGAUUAUGCAAUUUCAAGGAAUAUAGCAUCUUCAGCAAUAAGUUUUGAAUUAGAUUUUGCCUUAGAAAUGUUUUUUACAUAAUACCUAUAUUAAUUUAAAAAAGGAAAUAGAGGAGCAGCAGCAUGCUUGUCUAAAAAUUGAAUUGAUUCUGCCAGAAGGAAGAGUUUAGAUGUGUUUUUUUUUUUUUUUUUUUUGGAGACAGUUUUGCUCUUGUUACCCAGGCUGGACUGCAAUGGCACGAUCUUGGCUCACGGCAACCUCCGCCUCCUGUGUUCUGGCAAUUCUCCUGCCUCAGCCACCUGAGUAGCUGGGAUUACAGGAACGUGCCACCAUGCCCAGCUAAUUUUUGUAUUUUUAGUAGAGACGGGGUUUCACCAUGUUGACCAGGAUUGUCUCGAUCUCUUGACCUCAUGAUCCACCCACCUCGGCCUCCCAAAGUGCUGGGAUUACAGGCGUGAGCCACCGCACCUGGCUAGAUGUGUUUUUAUUGCACACAACUUCCUUCAGAUGCCAGGUAGUAGACAAUCUACAGGGCUAGGGAUGAUGGGAGAGAGAGAGCUGUGUCCCUUUACAGUGCUGUUUGAACCCAUUUUUAUAGCAAGGUUGAUAACCACCUGUGCCACCUGGUUUUCCAAGAUGGUAGGAAUGAUUAUGUGACCUGUUGCCUUGUCUUGGAGAGCUCUAGACUCGCUCAUGUAGCUUUAAUCUUUAAUGUGGGAAUCAUAGGGCAGUUAAUAAACCAUAGGGUCAAGUGUGUAGUCUGCCAUUUUAACUCAGAAAAGAGUAGUCGCGUAUCUAGAGUGUGACCUUAAUAAUUGAGAUUAGUUACAGUCAAAUAAGUGAAGUAUCUUCAGCUGCUUCAAGUCAGUUUUAGGCUGCAAAUCCCCAGAUAUUGUGGUUGUCCUGAAUUAGUGAAAUAAGUAGUUGUUUCACCCAAAUCUGUCUGAGGUUUUUUCAAUUUGAGAGUUUGGUUAAAAUUGUUGGUGGAACUGGGAAAGUACAUUAAUGAAGGAAGCAAAUCCUGGAGUGUGUGCUCCCCGGGCCCAGUGUGCCGUCCACACAUUUAGUGCGGCCAUUACUGACUUCAGAAAUGAGUUUCCUGGGCUUCUAGAUUUAUGAAAGAAGUAAGUGAUGACUUCAGAAUUAUUUCUGUCUUCAGAUUGAGUCCCCAGCGACUGAGUGUGUACACUGGGACCAGGAUUAGAACAUAGUUUACAUGGGUCCUGCUUCCUGUUUCAUCCCGCAAAUGUUCUCUUAAGUGUUUUCUCAACUAAUACGGAAAGUACCACUGAAGUGGGACUUGUAUACAGUUUUGAUUCUAAUAAGGGGUCUGCUUGCUUGAAAACAUAUGUCAAACACAGAUUCUGUGCUUUUAAAAAAAUUAUUUAUUUUUUUUGAGAUGGAGUCUCAGUCCGUUUCUUAGGCUGGAGUGUAGUGGCACGAUCUCAGCUCACUGCAACCUCCGCCUCCCGGGUUCAAGUGAUUGUCCUGCCUCAGUCUCCAGAACAACUGGGAUUACAGGCACACAUAUUUUUAUUAGAGAUGGGGUUUUAUGAACUCCUGAACUCAAGGUCUCUAACUCCUGACCUUAAGUGGUCUGCCCACUUUGACCUCCCAAAGUGCUGGGAUUACAGAUGUCAGCCACCGCAUUUGGCCCACAGCUAUUGUUUUUAACAGAGCUUUGAAAGCAGAAUGAAUUGGUUAAGAGGAUGGCUACCCAGACACACUGGGUUUGAAUCUCAGCUCCCUGCGGAAUGACCUUGGGCAAGUCAUUUAGCAAGGCUGUGCCUCAAGUUGCUUGUGUAAAAUGGGGAUAAUAGUACUUUUGUUAUAGAGUUGCUGUUGGGUUUCAAUGAGUAUGUGUUUGAUCUAGAAUGAAUCUCUUGUAGACAGUUGUGAGUAUUAUGGGUUGUGUUUUGUGUGUUUCUCGUCCUAUCAGUUAUUUAUAAUUAGAAAUGGUACUUUGUUGCAUGUGGUUAAUUUGAUUUUUAUCAAUUUAGCAGUAGAAUUUUUUUCUUCAGAAAUAAUUUCUUCCUGUCCUUCUGUGAAAUCCCCUUGAUAAAGGGGUAAGAACCAGCUCUGAGGACCAGUUGAAAAAUAAUUGAUCUGAAACAUAACAGACACUGUCAACAUGUCAGUUUUUUCCAUUUUGCAGGAAAAUGCAGGUCUCAUUUAGGAUAAUAGUUUGAUUUCCUGAGAUGGAUAUAGGUUUGAGUAACUGAGAGUCAUUUAAAAGUGAUGCAUAGGUUUGCAGGUAGAAAUACACUUUUGUUUGAAAUCUGGGGUAUUCAGUAAACAUUGUGGUAAGAGUAAUUUCCCCCAAAACUCCGUAGGAAAUUUUUACCUUUGACUUCAGUAAACCUGGAGUUUUGCCUCUUGAAGUUAAAGUGAGGUUGAACCUGAGUGCUUACCAUGUAACUGAUGGGUCCAUAAUCCACCACCAGAAGGUGCCCUCCAUGUCUUGAAGAUGCUUGUUCUGAAAUGUCUUCUUGGGGUUUAGUUGGAAUUUCUCUUGCUGAGAUUUUCGAAUCUCAGAAAAUACCACGGCUGCCCUUGUGUUUGUUUUAGCUGCACACCCUUCAUCUUCAGGGUGGAUGCACCCUUGGGUGGCGUUGCACGCAGCUGGAGUAUGGAGAGCCGAUUGAGGGCAGAGUUGGGAGACGCUGAUCCCUCCAGGGUUUGUUUCUUUAACACCAGACCUGCUCCCACAAGACUGGUGUAUUUAGGCCUCCCGUCUUCUGCCGUUCUUGUUGCUGGGCAGCAGGGCCUGCAAGUGCCAGCAGAUGAGGUGAGGACAGACAGGGAGGUACGUCAGUCUGUUUGCUCUGGCGCUGAGGUUCACUGAAGUUGCUGGAUUUGAGUUUGUUCCAGAUUAGUGAAUAUGUCAGCUGUGAGAAUAAGAAUGAUUAAGCAAAUAGGACUUCUGCCUUUGUAUUUAAACUUCAAAGAGAAAGCUGAACUUCAAGGCCCAGCUGGAGGACACGUGGAUCCAGCCAGCAUAUUACAUGUAGGCAAUUGGAGAAGGACAGGGAGACAGUAGGGGAGGUGCAGUGGGAUGAGGAACACAGUUGUCUACAUGAAACAGGCAGGACUUUGUUUUCGGGCACCUGGAAUGCUCUCCAUUUCCAGCAAGAACUUCAGGUUUUGUUGUUGUUUUGCUUUGGUGAUAGUGGUUGUUGCCACCUGGAGCAAAGCUGUCUUUGUAGCCCACAACUGCACCGUUUCUGGUAGUGAGCAGGCUGGGAACCACACACUCUUGUUCUGACAUUGGCUGGAGGCACCCCCCUCCUUUUUCCUUGCAAGGUGUCUCAGAGGAUUGUCAUUUGAGGCAUGCCGGAUUCACGGGUGUGACUGUGUCAGGACUGGCUUGUCUCAUUAAAAAACGUUUUUUGGAUCAGAAACAAUGAGGGGUGGGAAAGGCAACAAAAGCCUCUCGAGAUUCCUGAAUUGCUCAGGAUGUUAUAAACAGAUGACAGUGAUGGGAUUCCGUGGUCAGAAGAACGGGUGGUACGUAAAGUCCUUUAUUUGUCUCUGAAGGAGUUCAAGAAUGCCCAGAAGAGGCAGCAUGGGGAAGGCAUUGCUGGGAGCCUGAAAACUGUGAAUGUUUUCCCAACACCCUUCAUAUAAGGCAAAAGGGAGAUGGCAAUACACUAGUAUCUCCAGUUUCCAAGAACAACAGGAAUUCCUAUUCCAUUUUGCUGCUGCUGUUCCAGAUUCAGAAAUAAGGCUCCUUGGUAAUGACCAGUCUAAGGGAUUAGGACCAGCAUCAGAACAGUCAGAGAAUGAGAAGGACGAUGCAUCCCAAGUGUCCUCCACUAGCAACGAUGUUAGUUCUUCAGAUUUUGAAGAAGGGCCGUCGAGGAAAAGGCCCAGGCUGCAAGCACAAAGGAAGUUUGCUCAAUCUCAGCCGAAUAGUCCCAGCACAACUCCUGUAAAGAUAGUGGAGCCAUUGCUACCCCCUCCAGCUACUCAGAUAUCAGACCUCUCUAAAAGGAAGCCUAAGACAGAAGAUUUUCUUACCUUUCUCUGCCUUCGAGGUUCUCCUGCGCUGCCCAACAGCAUGGUGUAUUUCGGAAGCUCUCAGGAUGAGGAGGAUGUCGAGGAGGAAGAUGAUGAGACCGAAGAUGUCAAAACAGCCACCAACAAUGCUUCAUCUUCAUGCCAGUCAACCCCCAGGAAAGGAAAAACCCACAAACAUGUUCACAACGGGCAUGUUUUCAAUGGUUCCAGCAGGUCGACACGGGAGAAGGAACCUGUUCAAAAACACAAAAGCAAAGAAGCCACUCCCGCGAAGGAGAAGCACAGCGACCACCGGGCUGACAGCCGCCGGGAGCCGGCUUCGGCGAACCACCCCACAGCGACCCCCUCCAUGGCUUCCUCGGCCAAGGGGCCCGCUGCCAACCACCACCACCCCUCUCUGCAUCGGUCGGCUCAGGACUUACGGAAGCAGGUCUCUAAGGUAAACGGAGUCACUCGAAUGUCAUCUCUGGGUGCAGGUGCAACCAGUGCCAAAAAGAUGCGCGAGGUCAGACCUUCACCAUCCAAAACUGUGAAGUACACUGCCACGGUGACCAAGGGGGCUGUCACAUACACCAAAGCCAAGAGAGAACUGGUCAAGGACACCAAACCCAAUCACCACAAGCCCAGUUCCGCUGUCAACCAUACAAUCUCAGGGAAAACUGAAAGUAGCAAUGCAAAAACCCGCAAACAGGUGCUAUCCCUCGGGGGGGCGUCCAAGUCCACCGGGCCCGCCGUCAAUGGCCUCAAGGUCAGCGGCAGGUUGAACCCAAAGUCAUGCACUAAGGAGGUGGGGGGGCGGCAGCUGCGGGAGGGGCUGCGGAACUCCAAGAGGAGACUGGAAGAGGCACAGCAGGUGGAGAAGCUGCAGUCGCCCCCCAAGAAGAUGAAGGGGGCGGCUGGCCCCGCCGAAGGCCCCAGCAAGAAGGCCCCGGCCGAGAAAGGUCUGCUGAACGGACACGUGAAGAAGGAAGUGCCCGAGCGCAGCCUGGAGAGAAACCGGCCGAAGCGGGCCACGGCCGGGAAGAGCACGCCAGGCAGACAAGCACACGGCAAGGCGGACGGCGCCUCCUGUGAAAAUCGUUCUACCUCGCAACCGGAGUCCGUGCCCAAGCCGCACGACUCGGGCAGGGCCGAGAAGGGCGGUGGCAAGGCCGGGUGGGCGGCCAUGGACGAGAUCCCCGUCCUCAGGCCCUCCGCCAAGGAGUUCCACGACCCGCUCAUCUACAUCGAGUCAGUCCGCGCUCAGGUGGAGAAGUUCGGGAUGUGCAGGGUGAUCCCCCCUCCAGACUGGCGGCCCGAGUGCAAGCUCAACGACGAGAUGCGGUUCGUCACGCAGAUUCAGCACAUCCACAAGCUGGGCCGGCGCUGGGGCCCCAACGUGCAGCGACUGGCCUGCAUCAAGAAGCACCUCAAAUCUCAGGGCAUCACCAUGGACGAGCUCCCACUCAUAGGGGGCUGCGAGCUCGACCUGGCCUGCUUUUUCCGGCUAAUUAAUGAGAUGGGCGGCAUGCAGCAAGUGACUGACCUCAAAAAAUGGAACAAACUAGCAGACAUGCUGCGCAUCCCCAGAACUGCCCAGGACCGGCUGGCCAAACUACAGGAGGCCUACUGCCAGUACCUGCUCUCCUACGACUCCCUGUCCCCCGAGGAGCACCGGCGGCUGGAGAAGGAGGUGCUGAUGGAGAAGGAGAUCCUGGAGAAGCGCAAGGGGCCACUGGAAGGCCACACAGAGAACGACCACCACAAGUUCCACCCCCUGCCCCGCUUCGAGCCCAAGAAUGGGCUCAUCCAUGGCGUGGCCCCCAGGAACGGCUUCCGCAGCAAGCUCAAAGAGGUGGGUCAGGCCCAGUUGAAGACCGGCCGGCGGCGACUCUUCGCUCAGGAAAAAGAAGUGGUCAAGGAGGAGGAGGAGGACAAAGGCGUCCUCAAUGACUUCCACAAGUGCAUAUAUAAGGGAAGGUCUGUUUCUCUAACAACUUUUUAUCGAACAGCGAGGAAUAUCAUGAGCAUGUGCUUCAGCAAGGAGCCUGCACCAGCUGAAAUUGAGCAAGAGUACUGGCGGCUGGUGGAAGAGAAGGACUGCCAUGUGGCUGUGCACUGUGGCAAGGUGGACACCAACACUCACGGCAGCGGAUUCCCAGUGGGAAAAUCAGAGCCCUUUUCAAGGCACGGAUGGAACCUCACCGUCCUCCCCAAUAACACAGGGUCCAUCCUGCGUCACCUCGGUGCUGUGCCUGGAGUGACUAUUCCCUGGCUGAACAUUGGCAUGGUCUUUUCUACCUCAUGCUGGUCUCGAGACCAAAACCACCUUCCGUACAUUGACUACUUACACACUGGUGCUGACUGCAUUUGGUAUUGCAUUCCUGCUGAGGAGGAGAACAAGCUGGAGGACGUGGUCCACACCCUGCUGCAAGCCAAUGGCACCCCAGGGCUGCAGAUGCUGGAAAGCAACGUCAUGAUCUCCCCAGAGGUGCUGUGCAAAGAGGGGAUCAAGGUGCACAGGACGGUGCAGCAGAGUGGCCAGUUUGUCGUUUGCUUCCCGGGAUCCUUUGUGUCCAAAGUGUGCUGUGGCUACAGUGUGUCUGAAACCGUGCACUUUGCUACCACCCAGUGGACAAGUAUGGGCUUUGAGACCGCGAAGGAAAUGAAGCGUCGCCAUAUAGCUAAGCCAUUCUCCAUGGAGAAGUUACUCUACCAGAUUGCACAAGCAGAAGCAAAAAAAGAAAACGGCCCCACUCUCAGCACCAUCUCAGCCCUUCUGGAUGAACUCAGGGAUACAGAGCUGCGGCAGCGCAGGCAGCUGUUUGAGGCUGGCCUCCACUCCUCCGCGCGCUACGGCAGCCACGACGGCAGCAGCACGGUGGCGGACGGGAAGAAAAAGCCUCGAAAGUGGCUGCAGUUGGAGACGUCGGAGAGGAGGUGUCAGAUCUGCCAGCACCUGUGCUACCUGUCCAUGGUGGUACAAGAGAACGAAAAUGUCGUGUUCUGUCUGGAGUGUGCUCUGCGCCACGUGGAGAAGCAGAAGUCCUGCCGCGGGCUGAAGCUCAUGUACCGCUACGACGAGGAACAGAUUAUCAGUCUGGUCAAUCAGAUCUGCGGCAAAGUGUCUGGUAAAAACGGCAGCAUUGAGAACUGUCUCAGUAAACCCACACCAAAAAGAGGCCCCCGAAAGAGAGCCACGGUGGACGUGCCCCCCUCCCGGCUGUCAGCCUCCGGUUCAUCCAAAAGUGCUUCGAGCUCAUCAUGAAGAUGCCAACGCCCGUGGUUGAUUUAUAUAUAUUUUUUUGUAAUUAUUAUAUUCUAGUUUGGAGUACUUGCUGUAGGAUUCAAGCUGUCUUUGCACUAGCUCUAAAGAAGAUUUUCUUCUGGUUUUAGAGAACUAAUUUUGUUUUAGCAUUAAACUGUUGAACUUUUUUUUGUACUUAGAAAACCUAGAUACUGCAGUCAGAUUUUGGAAACUGCCGUAUAGUCACUGUUUUAAAAACCCUUGAGGGGCUGUAUUAAUUUGUAUUGCCCCUGGCUGACAAAAGCCUUUUUUGUUUCUUUUUUUUUUUUUUUUUUUUUUUUUUUUUUGUAACUGUUGGGGGAAAAAAGGCUUUUUAACCCAUUUUUGAAGAGGGUGAAGUUUGGAGAACAAAUUUAAAAACCAUCAGUCAUGUGAGCAGAUUUUUUAGAAGGGAUAGGAGACACGCACGCGCGCGUGUACACACACACACACACACACAAAACUUGAAAAGAAAUGGCUUUGCUUUGGCUGUCGUUGUCUGCCGUGGCCAGAUGAGCUUGUGAGCUGGGAAGCCAGGGCACCCCCGUUUUGUUUCUCUGGGCGGUUGUGGCAGCUGAAGGCAGACGUUGUUUCCUGACCACAGGCGGAACGAGGAGCCGGGAGCGAGUGGGCUCUCCACCAGCACAUCACUAUGCAUCUGUUCAAGGAAGGAAGGAACGCCAGCAAGGAAGACGGAAGAGACUGCCUGCCUUGGAGGGGUCACGUGAGGGAGACCUGUGCCUGAUUUCAUUAGGAAAUCCAUUCUGUUAUUUUUUGGUGCUGUUGGCUACUUUAUCAAAAAACCCUUCAAUAGCAUCCUUAAGAUAUUAAAAAAAAAAAAAAAAAAAAAAAAAAGUGAUGGAAGCCGUAAGUGCUUCUUGGUCAUCGACGUGCAAUCUUCUAACAUUCCAUCACCAUCUCACCGCUUCUUGUUUGACACCUUCACAAGUCAGCAUUAAUCUUGCUUUUUAAAUUUUUCAUUUAUGAUCACCCAUAGAGAGCCACUAGGAGGCCUGCAGUUCUUUUUGAAUGUGAAAAUGCAUUUGCGCUCAUCUUGUCUAUUUUUUCUCUUCAUGUUGUAACAAAAAGGAAAAAAAAGAAAAAAAAAAAAUCCCAUCCCUUUUGUACAUACGCCUGUAAAUUGUUUUAAAUACUUGAGCCUUUUUCUCGGUGGGGGGUGGGGAGGGGGAGAGAAGACAAGAUGAAGAAAAGCCUUACAUUUCAGUUUCUUCAUCGGUUGGAUUGGAUGCUUACAGGGUUUUUCUUGUAACAUUUAUAAGUGCUGCUUACAUCACUGAACAACAACAACAAAAUAAUGGAGUAGCUGUUGCCCUUCUCCAGUUGUGUGUACAGUAUGUGUGGAAUAAAAAAGGGAAACUUUUCACAAGCUGUUCUUUGUUUCAUAAUUGGAUCCAUCAAUCCGUAGCUACCCAUGUUGCACUGAGCUUGCCAGUGGUGACUGCCAGGAGCGUCCUCUGAUCCACUUUGUUGGUUGUUGUUGCAGAAGACUGAACUGUUUUGGAAUAUUUAACAAUUACAGAACCAGAGUCGUGUUUUCCAAUGUGGUUGUCCGGUUUCUAUGGCCUUGCUGUGUACUUUCCCUCUUUUUGACAGUAAACUUCUGCCUAUGGCUUACAGUUUGACAUUUAAUUUAUUAGCGCUGCUCUGCACCCUCCCUUGGGGGGAGACUUCAUGUGGUUUAUUGCGAGUUUUUUGUUUACUUUUCAGGUUUGUACUACAAGGUUUAAUAAUAAAAUCAACGUUUUUUGGA